AUGGACAUCACCGUGAGCCCCAGUAUCUCUGCCGGGACCCCCGUGCCACCCUCUCCAUCAGACCUCAUCAACAAUGUGGCAGACAUCUCAGUUAUUGUCAUCUACUUUGUUUUGGUCCUGGCAGUGGGGUUAUGGGCCAUGCUAAAUACCAAUAGAGCAACAGUGGGAGGCUUCUUCCUGGCUGGCAGGGACAUGGUGUGGUGGCCCAUUGGUGCCUCUCUCUUUGCCAGUAACGUUGGCAGUGCCAGUUUUGUGGGCCUGGCUGGGACUGGUGCAGCCUCAGGAAUUGCAGUUGCUGUGCUUGAGUCAAAUGGUUUGUUAUUGCUGCUGGUCCUCGGCUGGAUCUUUGUCCCCAUUUACAUCAAGGCUGGGGUGGUGACCGUGCCUGAGUAUUUGAUAAGGUGGUUUGGAGGGAAAAGGAUUCAGAUCUUUUUCUCUGCCCUUUCCCUGUUCUCAUGUAUAGUGACAAGUAUCUCGGGCAGCAUGUUCUCAGGAGCCAUAUUCAUCAACGUGGCCCUCAGGAUGGAUCUUUACGUAGCCAUCUUCAUCUUACUGGUCAUCACGGGGAUCCUCACUAUUGCAGGUGGCUUGGCCUCUGUGAUUUAUACUGAUGCCCUGCAGACAGUCAUUAUGCUGGUCGGCUCUUUCAUCCUCACUGGCUAUGCUUUUGCAGAAGUGGGAGGAUAUGAGGCCUUCACUGAGUACAUGAAAUCCAUCCCAUCUGUCAUCAGACAAAAUGUAACUCUGAACCCUGAAUGCUACACGCCCAAAGCAGAUGCCUUCCACCUCUUCCAGGAUCCCAUCACUGGUGAACUGCCAUGGCCAGGAGCCCUCAUUGGAAUGAACCUUGUUUCUCUUUGGUACAGGUGUGCAGACCAGGUGAUGGUGCAGCGGUGCCUCUCAGGGAAGAAUAUGUCCCAAGUGAAGGCUGGUUGCAUCUUGUGUGGCUAUCUGAAGCUGCUGGCCCUCUUCCUUAUGGUGAUGCCCGGUAUGAUCAGCCGCAUUCUGUACCCAGAUGAAGUAGCCUGUGUCAUGCCUUCAGAAUGUGAGAAAUACUGUGGCACCAGUACAGGCUGCAGCAAUAUAGCCUACCCAAAGCUGGUGGUAGAGCUCAUGCCCAAUAGACUUCGGGCACUGAUGUUGUCAGCCAUGUUGGCAUCACUCAUAAGCUCCCUCACCUCCGUCUUCAAUAGUGCCAGCACUCUGUUCACCAUUGACAUCUAUACCAAUCGAAAGCGAGCAUCGGAGAGAGAGCUCCUACUAGUGGGAAGGUUGUUCAUCAUGGUCCUGAUUGCCCUCAGCAUUGCUUGGAUCCCAAUAAUCCAGGCAAGUCAAAGUGAACUUCCAGUAUAUUCAUCUAUAGCAAGCUACCUUGUCCCCAUUGCAGCUGUGUUCCUGCUUGCCAUCUUCUGCAAGAGAGCUAAUGAGCAGGGAGCUUUCUGGGGACUAAUUUUUGGACUUGCAAUUGGCCUAAUUCAUAUGUUUGCUGAGUUUGCCUAUGGGACAGGCACUUGCAUGGCCCCCAGCCCAUGUCCCAACAUCAUCUGUGGAUGGCAUUACUCCUAUUUCAGCAUCUUUCUCUUCAUGUUGACAGUCUUGAUUAUACUCGGUAUCUCUCUGGUGACAAAACCUAUUCCUGACAUACAUCUGUAUCGCCUUUGCUGGGCUCUCCGCAAUAGCCAGGAAGAACUCGUCGACCUGACCCCUGAGCAGUAUGGACAAGAGGAAGCUGGAGACCAGGGAGAAGAAGAUGGCCCAGUGGAAUCACAAGGGUUCUUCAAGAGGGCCUGGAAUGCAUUCUGUGAGCUGGAGACAAAGAAAGGCCCCAAGCUGACCGAGGAAGAGAAGGCUGCCCUGCAGAAGCAGCUCACAGACACAUCAGAAGAACCCUUGUGGAGGAAUGUGGUGAAUAUCAACACCAUCCUGGUCCUGGCUAUGGGCGUCUUCUACCAUAGUUAUUUUGCCUGA